UCAACGUUUUACCAACAACGGUGUUUUUCUAAGCGAGUGCACUGUAGGUUGCAGCCAUUUCUGUCAUCGGUCCGUAUCCUGUUGUCUGAGAGAAGUAUCUCCUGUCCCUAACACACACUUAAGAGCAAAAACAACUCAGAUUUUAAUCUUGUGUUCUCGGCUGGCUCGCUUGCCAGCUGAAUCUCGUCGGGAUGGACCCAGCAAGCCGAUACCAAGUGUUGCACAAUGAGGACGACUCUUCAGAGGCCUCAACCAGCGAGCAGCAGCCAUGCACUUCUGCCACAGCCCAGGCUGGCACGUCCAGCCAGGACCAGAGCCAGGCCCAGGCCGGACCGGCGCCUGCUGCAGCGGGAGCGGAAGCGUCGGGAUCAGGGACUCAGGGGGAGGGAGAGGUACCUCCACCUCCGUACGCCUCCAUUGACUUGGGAGCAACCGCUGCAGCACCUGAGACCAGUUACCGAGGUGACUUCCCAGUGCCUCCGCCCUACAGCGUCGCCACCUCACUGCCCACAUAUGACGAAGCGGAGAAAGCCAAAGCGGCCGCCAUGGCGACCUCUACUGUGGAGGUGAUGCCACGGGAUGAUGAAUUCCCUCCCAGAGAUGAUUUCAGCGAUGCCGAUCAACUUCGGGUUGGGAACGAUGGAAUCUUCAUGUUGGCCUUUUUCAUGGCCUUCCUGUUCAACUGGAUCGGGUUCUGCCUGUCCUUCUGUCUGACCAACACCAUCGCCGGACGCUACGGAGCCAUCUGCGGCUUCGGCCUUUCCCUCAUCAAGUGGAUUCUUAUCGUCAGGUUCUCUGACUACUUCACUGGCUACUUCAACGGUCAGUACUGGCUCUGGUGGAUCUUCCUGUUGCUCGGUCUGCUGCUGUUCUUCAGGGGUUUUGUUAACUAUCUUAAAGUGCGCAACAUGUCAGAGAAUAUGGCCACCUCUCAUAGAACACGCCUCUUCUUCCUCUACUAACAGGUUUCCACACAUCAGCAUUCCUUUCCAAUGUGAAGUUCCCUCCCUCCCCCUCAAAUGACCUGAGCGAGGAGCCUUGCAGUGAAGAGAGGAGACAGGGAAGGAAUGAAGGAAAAGACACAGGGAGAAAAGUGUUACCGGUCUCAUUAAAAGCAUAACGUGGCUCACUCUGAACUCCUGAACCGAGCCGAAAAAAUAAGUCUUUGAUGAUCAGAUCUCUUCCCCCGGCUUUGUUUUUUGUUUUUCAUUUUUCCUUUGAUUUUCAACACAGUGUGAAAAAGCAGUCCCACGUAUGUGUCAUGGCUCUCAAGAGUAGGAGUGUUUUUGAGAUGCAUGACCUCGGCGCUACCUGAGGCAAAUUCAGCCAGCCAAAAUGAGAUAUCCAGUAGCUGGAGAGUUGAGAAACACCAAAUGAAAGCACAAUGAAACUAUUUCAAUGAAACAUCUUAAACAUAGGUAAAACAAAAGUUACAGUUGCUCAUUUAUCACUUAACCUGUGUAAACAAGAAAUCUGUGUUAUAAGCUUAUAUUUAAAUAAGAAAACCUUUUAAAAUAGAUCAUGUUCAGGAAGUGGAAACCUACUCUGAGCCUUUGAUAUUCACAUCUCUCCUCCGGCUUUUGCGACAAAGAUCCAGUAAGGAUUUCAAACUGAGUGCAGCCUGUUUGACUUAUUGCACAUUACAAUGUAUCUCAAGCAGUUUGGGCUCCAGCUUUGCCAUUCCAUAUUUUUAAGUUCAGGGUGUUUUAAACAAGUCUUACUUUAAAUGUGAUGUAUUUCGUUUUUGUGCAUUAACAUGUGAGCAUCCUUCCAACAUCUCAGUCUUACAUAUCACACACCGCAAUGCUUAUAGUGUUUUUAAAGGGAUAGUUCAGAUUUUUUUAAGUGGGGUUGUAUGGUGUGUAAAUCCAUAGUCAGUGUAUUUCAUACAGCAGAUGUCAGUCAGCACUUCUCCAGUUUGGAGAGGCAGGCUGGAGUCUGACGUGGAAGCUGAGCGAUGUACUGUUGUGGAUGGGGGCCAGCAACAAUACGUACUUUAGCCACCUUAAAAAAGUGUACGCUAUAUUGAGAGUAUUUUCACUGCUUUACCUUUCCAUCAGACCGGAAAGCCAUUAACAGAUCAGUUAUCUAUGCUCUCACUACAGCCAUCAGACCCCAUUGAGAAAAACGGUAAUUUAAGCUCACUGAGCACAGGAGCUGCUGGUCUACCACUGCUUCAUUCAGUUGGUUAGUUUGUGCUAUUGUGCGACUCUGGUGAACCUGAACUAACCCGUUUGAACGCCGAAGUCACACAGUAACACAAACAAAACAGCUGAUUGAGGCAGCGGUAGACCAGCAGCUCCUGUAUUCAGCAGUAUUAAAUCACUGUUUUUCUCAAUGGAGUCUGGUAAAGAAGAGAGCAACAUAACAGGAAGUCGAACAGCUUUAAUUUCCAGCUGAAAAUCACUGUCUGACAUUAAGGUAAAGCACUGAAAAUAUUCUAAAUAUAGCGUCCUCUUGAAUGAUAUUGAUUGUUUAGGUGGGACUUUUUUCGGUUGCUGCUUGCUCCCUCCAUUGCUGAGCUUUCAUGUCGAACUCCAGCCUGCUGCUACUGUAUGUAAUAUACUGUCUAUGGAUAAGUACCUCGUACAAACCCACUUCAAAAAAUCUAAACUAACCCUUUAAACCAAACACAUCUUAAGAGCUUCACACCUGUUGACCUUUUACCGUGUGACCAGACAAUAUGACAAAGGGCAGCUUGGAAAUAAUCGAAACAACCAAAAACAAGCUGAAUCUGUGAGCUACCGAGAAAAAGAUCUGAAUCUAAUGAAUGCAUCUGCACACACAGAUCCACAAAUCCCUUUUCCUCCCUGUCUUUGCCUUUUAAAAACUGUCAUGCUGACCUGACCUAUGCAGUAAAAUGUCAUGACAUAUCUAGAGGAGGGCUACAUUUUCUCUCUCUGAAUCAAAGAAAAAUGAAAAGCAUCUGCCUAACUAUCCAAACCAAAACUUAAUCAUCUGUUUUUAACCAUAUUUUAUACGUAAAAAAAUACAUUAGUAACCUUUCUGUGGUUCAGUAUAUCACAACAGAUCUGUAAAACAUCAUACACCUGCUUUUUCUCUUCUCAAGCUCCGCACUGAUUGCCAAAUGCGUCUGGCAAAACAGUAUCUGUAAGCUCCCGAGGAGGCUCCUUGGACAAAUCAGUGUUUCUAGGCCACACAGGCUGCUCUGGUGAAAUCGGUGGGAAGCGGCCCAAAGGCAGGACUGUGUGGGAUGUCCGCUUCAUCUCCUGCUUUGGUGCUGAUGAUAAGCAUUUUUAAAUACAACUGUUACGUGCCAGGCUUGAGUUCAACUCAAUUAAAAGAGUUGUAUGCAAUUUAGUUCUCUGUAAUGCCCUACAGUAGUCGUGGAUGUAAAGUCCUGUGAUCAUGGAGUAGGUGUAGUCGAAUAGUUUAGUUCUAAAAGAUCAGGUUCGCUCCAGAGUGAAGUUUUCAGAUAUAGCUGAGGUGCUCAUACACUUGCCAACAAAUUUAUUUUAAUUAAAAGUCAAUCAGAGGACAAUGCAAUAAAAGCUAUUAAAAUGUGACUGGUUCUGCAUGUCGUGCAUGAUUUAGAGAAACCCAACACGUGGAUCUCUCUCUGGGAUUUUUUUGGCUUUUAUGAUUAGAUUCAAAUUUUCUUUAGGUGGAGCGAGACGCUCUUAGUGAUGUAACAUAGCUCCUGUUAGGACGGUGGAGACCUUUUAUCAUGUGACAAACUGAGAACAAUAUCAGCACAUGUUGCCAUGUCUGGUGACAGUGAUGAAGCGAGGGGAUGCUGUCCAGUGUGAGUGCAGUUGUCUGUAUGAGCUUGUGCACCAUGAAAAGUGGAGCCUGACUGGACAAAGAGAAACGUGCUUUUUUUAAUUAUUAUUUUUGUCAUCCAGAAAAUGAAAUGUAUAUACCAGCUUAUGCCAAGUCAUAAUAUUUGCACUUUGAAGAACUUCUGUACAGUAUGAUUUGUGAAUCUGCUUAACUUGAUGUGGUGGAUAGAGAAAAGAUAAAAAAAAAAGAGUAGCCAUCCAAGUUUUACAACUGGAAUUCUUAAUCAUCCCAAAUGGAUAAUUUGCCUUUUGCACUUUUUAUUUUUCAACAAUGAUAAUAUUGUUAUUGUGUGUCUUGUUUCAUCGCUUUUAGCCUAAACUGUGACAGCUUAAGUAUUGCCCAACUUUUUUAUUUUUAAAUGCUUUUUUUUUUCUUUUAACUGGUCAUAUCCAACUAAAGCUUCUUUCAGCAAUAUCAAGACCUUUCAAUGAAUUAUAGCUCUGCUGCAUGAUUUAUCCACCUGAAUGAGUGGGGUAAUAUUAGGAUUAAUCUAGUACAACUACAUUUCUUUGUUUGUAAAUAAAUGAAGAAAAAACAAGACGGCAGACAAACUUUUUUUUUUUAGUCCAAGAUAAUCCUUGUAACGUCUUCUGAAAAAGUUGUUAUGCAUUUAUUGUAACUGGAAUUGACAGAUAAUCUCUUGCAAAAAAUGCCAAUAAAGUUCAAAAGCCUGCCGGUUAAGUUUU